AUGGAUUAUGUGUUGGUUAACGAGAACCCAAUUAAUAUUAUUUACCCGAAGAGAAAACGGCGUGAUCGUACUAAUGAGAGCAAUACCGAUGAGUAUUCAGUAGAACCAAUAGAUCAGCUCGAGAGUUUUGAUCAUAUAAGAGAUAUCAAAGAUCCAGAGCAUACUGAGUCUUCUCUGGAACAGCUCAAAGUGUUAACAGAAGAAUCGGUUGAAGUUGAUGAUGAUAAGAAUUACGUAAGAAUUACAUUCACUCCAACUCUUCCACAUUGUCAUUUGCCAAGCAUGAUUGGUCUUUCCAUCUACGCAAAACUUCUACAAAGCCUUCCCGCUCGAUUCAAGUUGAAAAUACAAGUUUCAGUCUGAUUCUUGAUUUUGUCUUAAAAUGUAGUCAAUAAACGACUAAGUGAUAAAGAGCGUUUGGCAGCAGCACUUGAGAAUCCCGACUUCGUGGCUAUGUUCAGCUAA